GAAGUCCAGCGGGCAGCGGCCCCGACGCGAGGUGACCCCCUCGGAGGGCGCGCGCCUCGCCCCGCCCCUGCGCUUCCCGGCAGGGCUGUGGUUUCUCUCUGGAGGUUUUCGGGGGGCUGCCGCCGGGAUGGCUUCUGCUGGAGACCCCCCCGCGGGCCCCCGGGACGCCAUAGACCAGAACUUCGACUACAUGUUCAAGAUUCUCAUCAUCGGCAACAGCAGCGUGGGCAAGACCUCCUUCCUGUUCCGCUACGCCGACGACUCCUUCACGCCCGCCUUCGUCAGCACCGUGGGCAUCGACUUCAAGGUCAAGACCGUCUACCGCCACGACAAGAGGAUCAAGCUGCAGAUCUGGGACACGGCCGGCCAGGAGCGGUACCGCACCAUCACCACGGCCUACUACCGCGGGGCCAUGGGCUUCCUGCUCGUGUACGAUGUCGCCAACCAGGAGUCCUUCAACGCCGUGCAGGACUGGGCCACGCAGAUCAAGACCUACUCCUGGGACAACGCCCAGGUCAUCCUGGUGGGCAACAAGUGUGACCUGGAGGAUGACCGGGCUGUGUCUGCUGAGGACGGCCGGAGGCUGGCCAAUGACCUGGGUUUCGAGUUCUUCGAGGCCAGCGCGAAAGAAAACAUCAAUGUGAGACAGGUCUUUGAGCGCCUGGUGGACUCCAUCUGCGAGAAGAUGAACGAGUCGCUGGAACCCAGCUCCAGCCCCGGCAGCAACGGGAAGGGCCCCGCCCUGGGGGACGCCCCGCCCCCGCAGCCCAGCAGCUGUGGCUGCUAGAGGUGGUCCCAGCCGGCCCCCCAGCCCAGCCCAGCCCAGCCCAGAGACUGGGAGCAGACGUGAACCACAGGGGCUGGCUCCGAGCUCAGGGCUCCCCGUUCCCUCCCGUCCCCCGCCCCCAGCUCCUGCAUGCCUGGCCCUCCCUGUGCCACCAGGACCACCAGACCCCGGGGAGACGGGGGACACCCACCCCGCCUUGCAGCCCCCCCCCGGGGGGGGGCAGGGGCUUGCUGCUUUCCCAGGCAGCCACCAGAGGGAGGGGGGCCCUCCAUGGUGACUUUUGCUGUGCCCUGGGCAUGGACUGGCGCCACAGAUGUGGCCUCGUGCUGGGUGGGUCGUCUGGGUUCAUCCUGCAGGUGGCUCCGGUUUCUCAGACCCCCUCCCCCCAGCCCUUGCCCCUGCUCCGUGGA